CAACCCAAUCUCCACCGUCUAUUUUCCAAAUCCAACGGUCACUUCCUUCUCAUAUCCCCAACCAUAUCCACCUUUUUAUUACAAAAACAAAUACACUCCCACUGAAGAUUUCAUUUCCUCAGUUCUGACAUUUCUCAAAAAUGAGCUCCAUUGCUUUCAAGCCCUUCCACGGCCUCCGCCAUAGCUCCGCCGUCCACAGCCCCACUUCCACUACCACCACCCUUUCCAAACCUGCUGUCAAAUUCCAUGUGUCAGCCGCCAAAACUUCUCCAAAACUAAGCAACCGCAACCUCAGGGUAGCCAUCAUAGGGGGUGGUCCGGCAGGAGGCUCAGCCGCCGAAACUCUCGCGAAGGCUGGCAUAGAAACGUUCCUAAUCGAACGAAAACUGGACAACUGCAAACCUUGCGGCGGAGCCAUCCCGCUUUGCAUGGUGGGUGAAUUUGACUUGCCUUUGGAUAUCAUCGACCGGCGAGUCACCAAGAUGAAGAUGAUUUCGCCCUCCAACAUCGCCGUCGACAUCGGGCAAACGUUGAAACCACAUGAAUACAUUGGGAUGGUGAGAAGGGAAGUACUGGACGCUUACUUGAGAGACAGAGCUAAGGAGAAUGGAGCUAACGUUAUAAAUGGGCUGUUCUUAAAGAUGGAUAUGCCUAAACAUUGGGAUGAACCCUAUGUUUUGCAUUACACCGAGUAUGAUGGGAAGAAAGGAGCUAUGGGAGCCAAAGCCACUUUGGAAGUCGAUGCUGUGAUUGGAGCUGAUGGCGCUAACUCUCGUGUUGCUAAAGCCAUUAAUGCUGGCGAUUAUGAUUACGCCAUUGCAUUUCAGGAGAGAAUCAAAAUCCCUGAUGACAAAAUGGUUUACUACGAGAAUCUUGCUGAAAUGUACGUAGGGGAUGAUGUUUCACCGGAUUUCUAUGGUUGGGUUUUUCCCAAAUGCGAUCAUGUUGCAGUUGGAACCGGGACAGUGACUCACAAGAAUGAUAUCAAGAAGUUCCAGCUAGCCACUAGAAACAGAGCAAAGGACAAGAUCCUUGGAGGUAAAAUUAUACGAGUUGAGGCACACCCAAUCCCCGAGCAUCCCCGUCCACGCAGGUUAUCCGGGAGGGUAGCCUUAGUUGGGGAUGCAGCUGGAUAUGUGACGAAAUGCUCGGGUGAAGGUAUCUACUUUGCAGCUAAGAGCGGGAGAAUGUGUGCAGAGGCGAUUGUUGAGGGGUCAGAGAAUGGGAAGAAGAUGGUGGAUGAAGGGGACUUGAGGAAGUACUUGGAGAAGUGGGACAAGAAAUACUGGCCAACCUACAAGGUAUUAGAUGUGUUGCAGAAGGUCUUCUACAGAUCGAACCCUGCAAGGGAAGCUUUCGUGGAGAUGUGCGCGGAUGAGUAUGUGCAGAAGAUGACAUUUGACAGUUACUUGUACAAAACAGUGGCUCCCGGAAAUCCACUGGAGGAUCUCAAGUUGGCAGUGAAUACCAUUGGGAGCUUGGUGAGGGCCAAUGCACUGAGGAAGGAAAUGGAAAAGUUAAACGUAUGAGUUUUGGAUAAUUGGUCUUCCAUUUCUGUUCAGUUAAACCUUAUAAGAAUGAUGUUCAAUUCUUGCUGCUUGUAUUUAGAAGAUCUAAUUGCACUUUAAUGCAAUUCGUUAUCACAUAAUUAUGGUCAGCAGAGAA